AUGUCUGGCAUCGAGGCCAUCCUCGGCGUGGUCUCUGGCUCGGCCGGUUUGCUAUCACUGACCAUACAGCUUGGCCAAGGCGCGAUCAAGCUCAAGAGAUUCUGCGAAACAGCGAAAGCCGCACCGGAGACUAUUGCGCGCGUCACGCACGAUCUUGAAACCAUAGUCUGGACUCUGCAGCAGCUCAAAAGGCAUAGACACGACGACAGCCAAAGCGCAGCAGUGGUCGACCGCUGCAUUGACCGUUGCCGAUCGAGCGCCUCCAAAUUUCGAGACUUGGUCGAGAGGGUGGAAAACCGGCUCAAGCAGCGGCGGAGCAUCAAUGCCAAACUUUAUGCAGCGAUCAAGGAGCCUGAGAUACAAGAGCUCAUGGCUGACCUGGAAAAGACCAAGAGCUCAUCACUGCUGGCUUAUGGUACGCAAAUGGCUGAGAGUCGUUCCUUGUUUGGGGCCAAGCUUGACUUGAUCUUAGCACAAGUACAUUUGGGCAAUGCUGCGGUCGCGCAGCUUGCCUCGCAGCCUGCCUCCAGAAUGGAACCAUUGCCAUUGAUCUGCGCCCCCGAGCAUGAUGCGCAGAGUGAGAUAGGAAGACCAAUGUCGCAGCAAAUCGCGCAAGCGGGCCACGAGGACAUCAGUGACAAUCGAGUGUACGGAUCUGCAGCUCUACCCAAAAAGAAACCACCUCGAUCAGUGUUCCGCUUGAGGCUUGGUAUGUGGACCUGGCACAGCCGCUGUGCCUGGGACAUCGCGAUCACCACAUCGCAGGGCCGAUGGGUUACGAGUCUACAGACCGUCAACAUUGUGCCUCCAAAUGCACCCAUCUUUAAUCUUUGUCGAGCUGGCGACGUGAAGGGCAUGAUGAAAUUGGUUGAAGCCGGUCAAGCCUCUUACACUGACAUUGAAAGCCCUUAA